UGCCAGUGCCAGUACCUCUGCGACCGUUGUAGAGGAAGGGUGUGCGUCGCUCCCGUUCCGGCAGCCGCUCACGCCGUCACAACCACCACCAGCAGAGUCUUGCCUCACGGAUGGUCAAGUGAAUGAACCCCGCCUUUCCCCGUCAUAGCCCUUCACCAGGCUUGUUCUCACCCCCGCCCCGCCCCGUUUCGCCCCGACAAGCUGCCCCGGGUGGAUCGCGCGGGACGUCACUGUGGAUGGGAAGUGGAGCGUCGGCCUGAAUCCCUUGGCGAGGCCGCUUCUGCAGACCUAACACGCUGAGGCCGAGGUCACGUCGGCAAGAUGGGUGAAUUUAUGGAGCCGGGUGACGGAUUCACCCACUUCAACACUCUGCUGGGUGACGCCUCCAUUUCGUCCUUCUCCUCCAUGCUGACGGAGUCCUCCACGGCGCCCUCCACCUCCACCGCCAACCUCUCGACCUCCGCGCAGGGGGUAGAGGAGGAGGGCCACCACUACCCCGCCGACAUGCUAGGCUUCACGGCUGCCUCCGCUUUUAUCAUCGCCAUUCUGGGCACGUUCGGCAACCUCCUCACCAUCAUCGCUCUGCCCAUGACCAAGAACCUGCGCACCACCGCCACCGCCUUCGUCGUCAACCUGGCCGUGGUGGAGCUCAUGUUCUGCGUCUUCAUCCUGCCCAUGUCCGGCGCGCAGUACCUCUACCUGCAGCGUCACCUGGAGGGCUCGCUGCUCACGGACCGUCACUGCAUUUUCUUCACGACCCUCAGAUACUCCAUUACGCAAGUUGAGCUGCAGACCAUCCUCGCCAUAGCGCUCACCAGGGCCAUCGCUGUCUCCCAACCGCGGCUCUACCAAAACAUCAACCAGCCCACCGUCAUUGGGGUCUACAUCGCGAUCAUCUGGCUUUACUCCAUCGCCAUGAGGAUACCCCCCGCCAUUGGGGUGUUCGGCCAGUAUGAGUACAACCCCAAUACCAUGGAGUGCGACCUGGACAACAAGAACAGGCUGGCCAGGCUCGUCUACCUCGUGAUGGACGCCUUCAUCCCUGUGCUCCUGAUCUUUAUCCUCUACUUCUUUGUCUUCAUUAUGGUGGUCAGGAGGGCGGUGGUAAGACAGCGGAAGUUCAGCACAAAUUUCCCGCCACCGCAAGCACAGGUAAAGUUGAGCUCAGCCAGAGUGGCGCGCUCCUCCCAGAAGAACAAAAAGGUGGUGCCCCCGACCUCCUCCGCCUCCACCUCCUCCACCACAGGUACAGGCACCCAGCGGAAGGGGUCCACCUCCUCCUUCAAGAACCUCAAGAAGAUGGUCUCCGAGACAAGCUUGCGUCGCAGAUUUCUUCGUGCUGCCAGACUUUUAACUGGAAAGUGCUCCCGCCAGUCCUCCACCAUGAGCCAGAGACUUAACACCAAUCGGCGGGACAUGCGAGUGGCACGCACUAUCUUCAUCAUCUUCCUCCUGGUCCUGGUCUGCAGUGUGCCUGUUGCCAUGAUACAUGCAGUAGACCCUCUGGUGAAGAGACCAGUUCGGUUUCUUCUUGUCCACAUCCUUUACUGGCUACAAUACUGCCUGAACGUGGUGGUGUACGUCCUCAUGAACCGUCAGUACCGCGAUGCCUAUGUGGACUGCCUGUCGCGCGUCUUCCCGAGGUUUAAGCGGCACCAUGGCCGCAGAUUUUUCUGGGAAAAGGCCAGCAUCUCCUCCCGCCCUCAGCCCAACUUAACCUCAACCAAGGCCAACAACCCUGGCAAUGACUCCUGUGCUUCAGAAGCUGACCAGGCAGUCUCAGGGAACCCCAUGCCAGCUGCUCAGUGCCGCCUCACAGCUAUCCCUGAGGGUGGCAGCUCAGCGGCCAGUGACAGUGUGUUCUCAGACCAACAAAAGAAGUCUCCUGAUGAGCCACUUCUGGAUGAGCACAAGAAAGAAGAAAAUAAGUGUGAAGCUGAUUCAUAUAAGGAAGAAGAGGAAAAGAAAGAAAAGGAGAGACAGGUAGAGGAGGAAGAUGAAGAGGACUCAUUACUGGACACAGAACAUUGGUUGACCAAAAAUGGAACUACUCUUUCUAAACCUGACUCUGAAUCUAUGGUUUAAGUUGAGUUUUCUAUGUAUUCCCAUCAGACUUUAUGUGUUCACCACUGCUGAUAUCUGCACUGUAGCACAAACUGCUGUCAUGAAGACAUCCCAUAAUACCAAAAGAUUAACUGGGUUACAUUGUCAGUUGAAAUGCACUGCAUACUGUAUAGUUACUUAAACACACACACACACACACACACACAUUCAUUUAAGGAUAACUGUGUGUAUUUUUUUUCCUAGAGACUUAUGUUCUAGUUAGAUUAACCCUCUCAUGCACCGUGACGCCAAUGGCGUGUAACAAUUUUGGGGCCAAAGUGCAUCGUGACGCCAUUGGCGUCAAUUUGAACAAAGAUAUUACCUUUAAAUAGUUAUAUUCACUCCAAUCGCGUCAUUUUUUGUUUGAGGGUAAGUUUCCUCACCCUCUCCGAAAUGAAGUAAUUGGCAACACUCUCCGCGUGCACAGAUUUGAGCGCGGUUGAAAAAACAAAGACAGUUUCCGGUCACUCUCUGACCAGUGAAUCUGAACAUCUCGCUGCUGUGAGCUUUAAACUUUUUGUGGGCUUCCGCGCGCCCAUGCGCCCCAUGGCAUAACAGUGAUAAUAGUGUUACAUAGUGCAAUACAGUGAUUUGAUUGGGUGUAAUUUGUAUUCUAUUCUCUUUACAGGCAGUAGCGUAUUAUAUUUUGUGAAUUAUGCAAGGACGUAAAUACGUAAUGGCACGGAGGCCCCUGAAACCUGAGGAAUAUUACCCACUCUUGUACUCAGACAGUGAAAGUAGUGGUGAGAGUGAAACAGAAAGCAUUCCCCACUUUGCGAGAGAAAGUGAUGAAAGAAGGAAAGGAAGGCACGGAAUGGGACAGCAUGGAAGACAGGACAGGAGUCAUACUUCCGUUCCCGCUAGACCCGUUCCCUCCUCCCCUACUCAAUAUUUUUACUUUUCCGCAAAUAUUUCAUGGUGCAAAUUGUCCGAUUGGAGAUUUGAAGGAACCAUAAGAAUCCUGAUAAAAUUCUGCUGUUGUAAAUACAUCUAGACCUUGAAAAGUUGACUCACGAAGUUUUAAGUUGUGGAGGUGGGAACACGACCUAAGUAGAAAAAUUGUCUAUGCGCACUUUAUUCCAUGUCCAUAAACGGUCCUAUGAAUUACUAUUAUUAUUUCUUUAUUGAUUCAUGAAAAAAUACAACAAAUAAGGAAGCCAUUGAUAUAUUAUGUAUAAUGAUAAAUGCAGGUUUAGGGGAAGAAAGUAGCUGAGAAACAAAAAUUUUCGGCGCGCUAAAAAAACUGUCUCAACCACCAAGAGACCCAAUGUUUGAAAUGAGCGCGGAAAAGAAAACUUAUUGAAACGUAUGGUGUGUGAGAGGGUUAAUAUUUUUAAUGAUUAUCUGCAACUGUUCACUCACCUGAGAUAUUUGUGUUGGCUGCAUUUUUGUUCAUGUGAAAGUGAUUUAAAAUGAGUAAUGUGUGUGUAAUUUUGGGUGAUGUAUGUAUUGUAUUGCCUGCAUAAUAUGAAGUAUCAGCCUGAUCAGUUCAUCAAUUGAUUAUAAGGGUCAUGUACUCCUUGAAGGCUUGGAGCACACACUGUUCAGUAAAUCAUUCCCUAAUACUUGGUAAUUGGUUUAGACAGUUGUUUAAAAUAUUAUUGUAUGACAUUUAGUCAUGGUAUUAUAUUAUUCAUACCUGAAGGUUACAAAAUAAUUGUUGUCUUAUAUCUUAACUGUUGCUUAAACAAUGGUGAUUUAAAAAAAAAAUGUAUAUAUAUAUAUGUGGGUGUGGGUGUGGGUGGGGGUGUACAAUCUUGAUUUCUUAAUUUACAGUGAGGAGUUAAAAUUCUUUUCACAAAGAAUACCUAUCUUCUAAAUUUUUAAUUAAUGGUUCACAAUGAGUUUUCAUUAUGAAUGAUUAUUCCUUGGUAGGACAAGUAUCUUGCACAACAGGCAACCCUCCACGCUGCAACCCUUGGUGCCCCGGCAGGGACCAGGCAGGGACAGACAGACAUCAAGAAAUUGUGAACUUGACAACUGGUAAAAAUGUGACAUGUUAUAUCAUAACCUGAUCAACCAUUGUACUGAUGGACAAAUAGUAAAGGUUACAAGUUUGUAAUUCAGCCACCACAGUGUGAUAAUGCUUUGGUACACAUCUUAAACUUUCUCUGCUCCAAUCCUUUGUCAAAGUUCACUGUCACUGGGUGGACUGCACACAUAUAAAGAUGGAUGAAAGUACUAAUAGCCCUCCACAGCUGUAGUGGUUCCCAUUUACUGUUUACCGUUGAGGAGGUUUCAGGCCCUGCUCCACUGCUGGUGAACCGCUCUACGACGGCCGUCAACAAUUACAAUGUCAGUCUCAAUAAUAGUCCUCAAUGCACUUAUUCUCAAACAUUGUAGUGAGUGAGUGUCUUAAUUGCUUUCACAAAUAAUAUCACAAAUAUCCAUUGGUUCAGUUUUCAUGUCUGAUAUUUUCGUUAUAGUAUCACAAUUAAAUAUCCAACGAUUAUUUCCAAAUCGCUGAACAUUUAUCACACACAAUUUAUCUCUGAGUACAAACACUAAUUAAUAGCUAUGAUCGGUCAUGUUACGAAUUCUCUCAAUUUCAAUCUGGAGAACUACACAACACUGGCCAUUUGCUGAGUGGUUGAUUUUAGGCUUCUUGUACCUCACACAAUUUAUGCAUUUCUUUUCAGCCAUGGAGCAAUCCUUCAAUUUAUGAUCACCGGCGCAUUUGAAACAUUUUGGGGCUUCUCCAUUGUUCUUGGCAGAGCAUUUGGCCUCAAGAUGGCUGUAUCUUUGACAAUGAUAACAUAUGAUUGCAUGGUAUCUGUCUCUCACUGUGUAUAUUCCCCAUUCUAAUUUUAAUUUGUGAUUCUUGUGAAUCAGCUUUCUCGCAGUUGGGUCACACCUCAAAAUGUAGUGCAUUGUACUGCCAGCUACAGACUUACUAAAAAUCAGCUCAAUCUUAUUCUGAACACCCUCAAUUGUGUCUAAGAUGGUCUUUAUUUUUUCCUUGGUCUUCUCUUUACACACAUUGCAUAUCAUGAUCUUUGGUUUCAUCUUUCUAACACUCUUGGUACUAAUUUGCUCAACAGACUCCAGUUUUUGAGAAGCCUCAUCCCUUGUGUUCUCAUUAUCAAAGUUCAUGACAAUAUAUUACCUCCAUUUGUGAAUCUUGAAUCAGUUAUUUGAAUACCAUUCAAUGCCUGGGAGACUUCAUCCUUCAUAUCUGUUGCCUUCUUUUCCUGGGUUGAAGCACCACGACCACUCACGCACACCUAAAUAUGAUACCAUGGACCUGGGUUUAAUUCCAGCCAGGGCAGUUGGCAGAGUCCAGCCAGUUGUCACCUUCCCUUUCAGGCCAAUUGGUAAAUAGAUAUCUGGAGAAAUCUGGGGAGAAGUAAACUGUAAUGACCUGGAUAUCACUCUUGCCUUGUGUCCCGGGGUAAUGGGCUAAAGAGAAAGGGUGAGCACUGAGGCCACAUGCAGUUUAUUCCCUCACAUUGGUAUCACCUCUCCCUCUACUUAGUCAUCAGAUUAAUAAGGCAAUAAGUGUGAAAACAGUUGGUGUGAAUAGAGUUCAUAGUUAACUUUAAGUGUUUUAUUGCAGUUUAUUGAACCAUUCACUGAUAUCAACACAACCUUGAUGCAGAACUCCCCAGCAAGGCUAAGCUGUGAUGCCAAUCAUGAAUAGUUUCUUGGCUCUCAUGCUUUGGUAAUGCUGUUGUGGCUUUGUCAUGUAGGUCUGUCAUUGUCUGUUCCCUUCUGUAAGAAAAUUCUGUUAAGUAAUUAUUUUUUUAAAGUUUAUAUUUAGAAUGAAAGGGAUGCCUGCAGUUGAAAGCUAAAGACAGUACAAUAUUUAACGUCCUGUUAUAACAGUUACAUAGUUGCAGAAGUUCAUUUUAUUGCAUUUUGAUUUUAGUACAUCAAAAAUGUUAUUGUAAAUUGUGUUCCAAAGUAUUGCUCUGCUCCCCAAGUACCUCACAGUCGUGCAGGUCAUGCAGACCAACCAUGACGCAUGUGCUUGGUGUGUGGGAUGGUUGAAAUCAUGUUCUCUACAUGUUGCCUGCUGUUUGAACUGUUCCUCUUCACCUCUGCCACCAUGACAUCUCUGUGGAAACCUUACCCAAUCUCUACUCCAGCUCUUGUCAGUGAAGCUGUCUGUCUAACAUUCUGAAACAUCCUACUUCACGAGACUUGUAUGCCAAUGCUUUUGUCUUGCAAUCCAGGCAGUGUCCGUAUCAACCCAUAGCAGUAUUUCCAAGAGGGAGUCAGUGAUGUCAUGAAGCAGGGUGAUCCCUACUGCUUUUUUUAAUAAUUGGGAUUAGGAUUACAAUAUGAUGAGGGUCAUGAACUGUGAUAGAUAUUCAGUAAAGGUUUGAAAAGAAUCAGAGAAGGAUGUGACGAAACGAGGGGAGAACACGUCGUUGAGGCGGGCCGCGGAGGGUCACGAGUGUGUCCACGAGGUAACCGUUCGUCCACAAGCCAUCCAUUGUUGUCACUUCCACUGUCCCGACCAAGGAUUCUGAACCUCAAGAAUCCUUGGUCCUGACCCACAAAGCCUCCUUCUCAAGUCCUUGCUAAGUCUUACUGUAAAUAUUUUAGACUGGAUUGUAAAUAACUAUUACACAAAACAUAAUUUGUCAGUUUCUGUAUAGAUAUAAAUCUUGAUUUCUUAGACUUUUCAGGGUUAUGUAAUGCCAAAGCAUUGUUAGAUAAUUACUUGAUAUUGUAUAUAGAAAAUGAUCAAGUACUAUUGUGAUAAUCAUAUUGUGCAAAAUAUAGCAAUGUUUAGAUAUAGUGACUUUGCAUCUACAGACUGCUUGGCCACUGCUCAGUGAACCUUUAUGUCCGAUGUAGUGCUGAGUGUAGGUCGCCUGCCCUCCUCCUGUGUGCUUGUGUCCAGUGCUGGCAGUCUCACCUUCACCAACUAGAACAGUCUGAGCAAAGUUAUAUUUAAUGGUGGUGUGCGAGGCUCUGUCCAUCACUGUCAGCCUCAUACAGCACACAGACGCAAUACUGACAAGCACAAUGCGGUGAUCAGUCUUUCUUUUGGUGGAUCUGAUGCGUCAGUGACAUUGCUUGCUUGUCGGCCGCAUAACGACCUCCCUGAGGACCUCACGACCAGUAUUUUCCACGGGAAAGAAAGGGAAGAAAAAACAUUGUAUAUAUAAAUAGUUGCUUUCUCUACAACAUUGUACCCGGCAGUGGCUCAAGGCGGUGUCGUCAGCGCGGUGAGCUUGUUGGUGAAAUGAAUGAUUGAAUUUGACUCAAUUCGUGGCAUGGUUAAGUUUACAUAGAUUUAGGUUGAUUUUGUACAGUUAUGAAAUGAAUAAACUUUUUAAGCAAU